UCGCGGGGGGCGGCGUACCGGAGGGGCGGGUCGUGCCCCGGAGUGCCGGAGCUUUCCGUGCAGCCGUGCGCCGGGUUGAGGGUUAAAGCGGACGCUGCUGGGGGAGGCAGCGCGGGCCUGUUGAAGCCUUUGUCCGACAGUUUUAAAGAGAAUCGACGUAAAAUUGGGAGGGUCCUGAUGUUACAGCAGGCGGUAUUAAGGAUCGGACCGUAACAAGCAGCGCGCUGUUUGCUGCUCAGGAGAGCGGUUGCUUUGCCCCUAGACGUGUGUAUGUGGAAGUGUACGUGUGUGUACCUGCGUGCACUUUGCACUUGUGUAUCUCCACGUAUACAGGCACGUGUCCGUGCACGUAUGUGAAUGUGCUUCCUUGUUUGUGCUGGCCUCUGGCCUUCGGAUUGUCCAGACGAAGCAUAUAAGUAAUAGUGCACUGAUUUUGAUGUUGGCUCCACCAAAGUAGCGCAGCAGCUUUUGCCUACCAGGAUAACAUGGAAUUAUAAGCGCUUCCUUUUGUCUCCGCUCUUCCUGUUUCCCUGGAUCAUGAUUGUAGCGUGGGGGAACUGGCUGGCAUGUAUUUUGUGGGAAUUUCCCUGACCUCAGCCACAUGGCACACUUGUCUGAUGCUGCUGAUGUCUGUGAGGCUCAUAGUCCCGCUGCCUUAGUACCUGGAGAAUACUCAUGGAGCUCCCCUGUUGCAGAAGCAAAUGCAGUUUCAUGAGCAGUUCAAAUUCUCAUCUCCGCCUUUGACUUAAAUGCAUUACUCGCUUUGCAGUAUUUGGUUUACAGUAGUACACAACUGUGUGGUAUAUAAACAUUAAGGAACAUGGAAGAUAAAAAUGGUAGAGUUUCUUGGCCAUACUAGGAGCUCAUACCCAACUGAAGUUUUCUCCAACUACCACAUGAUGCUGUCUGUCAUGUUUUUUUAGCCUUUGUGAGCCUUCUGCAAUACUCUGAGCAGCUCUGUUCCUGCCUUAGCCCUAUACUAUAGCUCAACUUCCCUUCUGCGUGUCUCUUUCCCCACUCUGUAUCUCCCUGGUUCCUUGCUUCUUCCUUUUGCGCAUUUCUUCUUUCCCUACAUGGAAUCUCAGAAUGGCUCGAGUUGGAAGGACCUCAAGGAUCAUGAAGCUCCACUCCAUCCCCCCCUCAACAGGCAGAGCCACCAACCUCCCCAUUUAAUUCCAGACCAGGCUGCCCAGGGCCCCAUCCAACCUGGCUAACCAGGGACGGGGCAUCCACAGCCUCCCUGGGCAGCUCUUUCAGCACCUAACCACUCAUAGUAAAGAAGUUCCCCUGAUAGCCAACCUAAAUCUUCCCCCCCUCAACUUAAAACCAUUUUCCCUUGUCCUGCUGUUAUCUACUCUUACAAAGAAUUGUAAAUCUUUGUUUAUGAAGAUGUAAAUUUUCCUUCUAGAAUUUGGAGAUCACAAGGGAAAUAACUUGCCUUGUCCUCCAUCUGACUGUGUCUGACACUUUGGCACCUAACCAGAUCGUUUCAGGAAGACAAAGUACAACCUGACCUGUGGUGGUGCAGUGGAUUAAAUGGCGACAUUAAUUCGCACUUUAACAGAUCAUCGUGAUGAUGUCAACUGCUGUGCCUUCUCAUCAUCGUGCUUGGCUACUUGUUCCUUGGACAAAUCAAUUCGUGUUUACUCUUUAAAUGACUUCACUGAGCUCCCAUACUCACCUUUGAAAGGUCAUGCAUACGCUGUCCACUGCUGCUGCUUCUCUCCAUCAGGACACACUUUAGCUUCGUGUUCCACGGAUGGCACUACCAUUGUUUGGGACGCUCGUGAUGGUCGGAUGCUGGCAGUGCUGGAGCAGCCCACUGGCAGCCCAGUCAGAGUCUGCCGCUUUUCUCCUGAGUCCUCUUACCUGGUGUCAGGUGCAGCUGAUGGAAGUGUUGUUCUUUGGAACAUGCACUCAAUGAAAAUGUACAGAUCUGGGAAUGUUAAAGAUGGUUCUUUGGUGGCCUGUGCUUUUUCUCCGUGUGGAAAUUUCUUUGUCACUGGAUCAUCAUGCGGUGAUUUGACUAUUUGGGAUGAUAAAAUGAGAUGUCUAUGUAAUGAAAAAGCACACGAUCUUGGCGUUACCUGCUGUGAUAUUUCUUCACAUCCAGUUUCUGGUGGUGACCAUGUGUCCGGAUACUUCCAGAUGGCUUCUUGUGGUCAAGAUAAUAAGAUCAAAGUCUGGUUUAUUUUGUUUGCAGACUCCUUAGGUUGUGAAUUAAGAUAUAAAUGCACGUUGAGUGGACAUUCUGCCCCAGUUCUGGCUUGUGCAUUUUCUUAUGAUGGGCAGAUGUUAGUCUCAGGGUCUGUGGACAAGUAUGUCAUAAUAUAUGAGACUAAUACUGGCAAUAUCCUUCAUACUUUGUCUCAGCAUACCAGGUAUGUCACAGCUUGUGCCUUUGCACCACGCAGUCUCUUACUUGCCACGGGUUCAAUGGAUAAAGCUGUGCACCUAUGGCAGCUGGACAGUAAGCAGCCCUGUGCAGGAAACGCUAUAGGAAAUAACUCUAAGAUUAGAACUGCUGAGAACUGGUCAGAGGAUGAAGUUUCAGCCUGGCUUUGUGCACAGGGCUUCACAGAACUUGUUGGGCUUUUCAAAGCAAAUAACAUCGAUGGCAAAGAACUCCUGAAUCUUACAAGAGAAAGUCUGACUAAUGAAUUAAAAAUUGAGUCUCUUGGCCUGCGCAGUAAAAUCCUCCAGAAGAUCAAAGAGCUGAAGAUAAAAACAGUCUCUGUUUCCAUUGCUGUUCCUGAUGAAUUCUUAUGCCCUAUAACUCGGGAGCUCAUGAAGGAUCCUGUCAUUGCAGCAGAUGGGUAUUCCUAUGAAAAGGAGGCAAUAGAAAAUUGGAUCAGCAAUAAAAGACGCUCUAGUCCCAUGACGAAUCUCCCUCUUCCCAGACUUGUGCUUACACCCAACAGGACACUGAAAAUGGCCAUCGGCCGUUGGCUGGAGACUCAGCAGAACUGUGGUGAAACCACGUCGUUUUGAAGUUGUUUACUAAAAUGAAGGUAAAUGUCAUAAAUGUAAAUGUAGGUAAUCGUAGGCUAGAGGAGAUAUUUGUGUCAGAAACACCUGCAAUUAAAGAAGUUCUCUUCUUUC